AAUGGCAGGGGAUACUGCCUGCUACAGCAGCUUCUUGACAGUGUGGGGCUGAACAUUGCAAGUGGGAGAGGGCGGAGAAGCUGGCCCCGAGCCCCUCUGCCAUUGGGACACAGGGCAUUAGUGUAAUUGUGAGUCAUCAAAACACAAGGGGAGUUAAAAAGGGAGGAAAGGCUGGUGGAAUCUCCGGCCGAGUGCCCCAUCCCUGCAUGCAGAGAGGAGACUGCAGUGCUGUGCUAUGGGCUGUCUGUGAAUGUCCUUCCAGAUGCUCAGCAACAGGAGCUGUGCAGCCUUCCAGGAGGCGGGCACCAUGUCACGGAAGAGCACAGCAUCAAGGUGUCUUUGACAAGGCAAACCUCCCCUUUCCUUCUGAGCCUACAACAAGCUAGUGUUAAUAAGCCCAGAUCCUGAGCCAGGGGACCAAGUGACAAGACAACAAUUUUCCCAGAGGUUCAGAAACUUUUGAUCAACCCAUCAAGACUAUGAAGCCUGCUACGGGUGAGCAUCCUUCAGCUGGAAAAUCACAGAGCUGACGGAGCAUCAUUACCACUGCCGAGGUUUCUACAACGCCAGGUGCAAAAUAGAAUUUCAACACAGAGAGGGCCAGCGAAAGUGUCACCAACUUCCUUUGAGGAGGAAUCCAAAUUAAAACACUGGGGAUUUUUACGUUAUUCCCUUCACCUCUGCAAACUGAGUCUUACUGUCUCUAAAAAGCAGGAAUGAUUUUAGCACUGCAGCUCCAUUUCCCCUGAGACAGUUAUCCUGGAAAGUAGGAGAAAUGUCCUCAUUGGUGCCCCUACUUUACACCAUACAGCUGAGGCCCCCUCGUCCCAGGAAGAAUCCAAAGGAGGCCAGACUUGGAAAGUCUUCAAAACUGGGGCUAUGUUGCUAAUUGGCUGCCAAAAGCAACCAGAAGAGCAGAAGCUUAGAGAGGAUUUUCCAGUAUGUUUCUGGAUCAGUUACUUAUCCUGGUGUUUCUAAGGCAUUAUUAUUGUUGUUAUUAUAAUACCUUUUACCAACGGAGCUGGGCAAAUGUUGCCUGCAAAACCUUCAAAGAGUUCAUCUCAGCACUUUAAGCAGUAGAAAGUUGAGUGGAGCACAAGAGUUGGAUGAACUUUAUCUGCCAGCGACAAUGGUUUUCCUCCCUGGAAAUUCCUCUGACUGUUCAAAUUGCACCCAGACUGUAGGGAUAGUGAACAAUUUUAAGGCCAUAUUAUUAGGGGUUAUUUUAGGGGGGCUGAUUAUAUUUGGGGUGCUGGGCAAUAUUCUGGUUAUCCUAUCAGUAGCCUGCCACAGACACCUUCAGAGUGUGACCCAUUACUACAUAAUCAACCUGGCCGUUGCGGACUUCCUCUUAACUUCCACUGUCCUGCCUUUCUCAGCAAUCUUUGAGAUUUCGGGCUACUGGGUCUUUGGAAGGAUCUUCUGCAACAUCUGGGCAGCUGUCGAUGUCCUAUGCUGCACGGCUUCCAUCAUGAGCCUAUGUAUCAUCUCUAUAGACAGAUACAUUGGGGUGAGCUACCCACUGAGAUAUCCAGCUAUAGUGACGGAAAAGAGGGGACUCCUAGCUCUGCUAAGCGUCUGGGCUUUGUCUCUGGUGAUCUCCAUUGGACCUCUCUUUGGCUGGAAGGAGCCAGCUCCAGAAGAUGAGACCAUCUGUCAAAUCACUGAAGAGCCUGGCUAUGUACUGUUCUCUGCUUUUGGCUCCUUCUACCUCCCCUUGACCAUCAUCUUGGUGAUGUACUGUAGAGUGUAUGUGGUGGCCAAAAGGGAAAGCAAAGGCCUGACUUCUGGCUUGAAAACGGAGAAAUCUCAUUCUGAAGAGGUGACCCUCCGGAUCCAUCGCAAAAACACCUCGGUAGGGAGCAGAUCUACAUCCUGCACAAAGAACAAAACCCACUUCUCAGUGCGUCUCCUGAAGUUCUCCAGGGAAAAGAAAGCAGCCAAGACCCUGGGAAUAGUGGUGGGGUGCUUCAUAUUGUGCUGGCUUCCUUUCUUUAUAGUCAUGCCUAUUGGCGUUUUCUUUCCUGCACUCAAGCCCUCAGACACGGUUUUUAAAAUAACGUUUUGGCUUGGGUAUUUGAACAGCUGCAUCAACCCGAUCAUCUACCCGUGCUCGAGUCAAGAGUUUAAAAAAGCCUUCCAGAAUGUCCUGCGAGCCCAAUGUCUCACAAGGAAGCAAGCAGCCAACAAGCAUUCCUUUAGCUUCAAUCUGAACCAGCCAGCUAGGCCCAGUAUGGACAGUGCCAAGGAUGUUGUCUGUAUCCCUGUAGGGUCGGGGGAAACCUUCUAUAGGAUUUCCAAGUCCCAUGGGGUCUGCGAGUGGAAGAUUUUCUCCACCAUGCAAAGCAUGUCUACAAAAAGUGCAAUCUCUAAAGACAAGUCCAGCUGCACCAGAGCCAAAGUGAAGAGCAAAGGUUUCCUGAGGACAUGCUGCUGUGCUGGCCCAUCAAGGAGCGCCGCUCGGGAGAACCGUAACGUGCCGACCAUUAAAAUACACACUAUCUCCCUCGGUGAAAACGGGGAGAAUGUCUAAAGGUUCGAGAUCUCUAAUGGGAUUGGGGGGGGGGGAUCUUUACAUGCAACUUUUCAGCUCUGGCAACCCUGCUCUGCUGGAAUAGUUCUGCUAGCAGGAAGUUGUUCUUUUUAAUGGGAAGUAGGGUCGGAUACUGAAGUAGGGGGAGUGGCCUGAAUCAAAGGAGCAGCACGUCUUAACACAGUGUGGAUCAAAGCUUUUUAAAAGUGAAGUCUUUGAGAGUUGUGGACUUGAUUCAAAGCCCAUUGAAGUCAAUGGGAAUCUUUCCAUUUAUUUUAAUGGGCAUUGAAGCCCCAAAGCACCUUUAAGCACCGGCCCCUUGAAAUGACUGUAACAUCAUUUCCCUACCGCUUAAAGGCCUUGAUUUUCACUGUCUCUUCUUUUUAAAGCUCCGGCGAUUCUGAUUUUGAAGUGCAAUGGGGUGGAGGGAAGGGGCAAGAACAUCUAAUGCAUCUUGCGAGAGAGAAUUAUAAAUAUACCGUGGUGGUUUCAGCAUGGGUACAUUCGGAGAGCUCAAACUUUAAAGCCACUUCAUGAUAUAACCUUUUUUUUACGGCUGGACCGGUUGAUCCAACAGCAACAGCAGUUAAGGGAAAUGGGGAAAGAAAGCAUUCAUUGGACUAUUAUGUAUCUCUGAAUGGUCUCAGUUAAGCGAGUUCUGACAUGAAGACUUUUCAACUUCAGAUCACCUCUGCUGCUCAGUUAAGGUCCAGUGAGCACCCUAGAUUCCUGCUGAUGCAGAUAGAGAGUUGACAACACAUUGGGUCAGGUCCACAGUUGGUGCAGAUCAGUGUAGUUCCAUUGACCUCCGUGCCCAUGGAACUAUGUUAAUCUACACCAGCUGGGGAUCUGGCCCUCUGUAACUUGCAGAAGUCCCCUGACCCCAAAGCUGUCUGAAGUUCAGUGAGUUCAGCUUCCAGGGCUUCGUGAGGAUAGUCCCUUGCGCUUUGUGUUUUGGAAUCUAGUAAAUUCCAUCUCAAGGAGACACUUGAUGAAAGGGGGUGAAUUUCACCUCGUUUCAGAAACUUGCCACAAUAUUCUUUUCUUUUUUAAACACGCUAGUCAUCCCAGACUCAUUCAAAAUGUUUCUGAGCCUUACUGCUUUUAUAACAAAACUCGAAACCAAGCCAGAUGUGUGUAUCCUGGGGUUUCCAGGAGACCUUUGUACUCAGUCAUAUUUUCCAGUCUCUAGAAGGUCCAGGGGGGGCUCUUUAAAAGUUCAACACUUCCUGCUCCAGCUACUUGCCAGAGCCACAAAAUCUUCCUACGAUGUAGCGCACAAGAGUUGCAGAUGUGAGGCUGCCCUGCUGUGUAUUUGUAGUGCAUUCUCUUCUUGAUGCCUUCUCUGCAAUGUAGUGAGCCUCUCACAUGGUUUUGAGCACCAGGCCCUUCAUUCCUAUUCAGAUCAAUGGCAGAUACAUGCACAAAUGAGUUAAGGAUACACCCCAAGGAGAAUGGGCCCUCCCUUGUAGAUGUGGGUGAAAAAAGCAUUUGGGAGCCUGUUAUAUUUUCCCUUAGCUAUUCAAACAAAUAAGCAAUUCAGGAUCUGAAAGAAACAGUGGGAGGAAUUAUUUGCACAAUAUCAGAUAUAAGCAGCGCAUAACAUAAUUACCCACUGAGCCUGCCAAGUAAUAACGCAGCUUCCUUGGCAUGAAGCAUAGACGUCUUUCCCAGUAUGGAAGGGCCCGUUACUGUGAGGCACUGAAUGCCGAUUGAUCUGAAUGGGAAUUAUAGGUGUCCAGCACAUCGAGAGGACAUUUGGAAUUUUGCAGGGCAAGGCUUUGAAAAGGCCCCUGAAUAAUAUCGAUGAGGCAUCAUUAUUCAUUCAUCUCUCAUUCAGUAAUAACUCCAACAUUUGGCAGGGUUUGAUCCCCACUGCAUGUCUUUCAUUUGUGCAUCCCUGAGACACUUGUUAGCUUCUGAGAACCCAUGCAGCACCAUCUGGUCCUUAAGAAUUGUCUUGGAGACUUUGCAAAACUAGAAUUUACAAAGUCGCUUCACAUAGUUCUGGCAGCGUAAAGCGGCCUUGAGGGGAGUGUAAAUGUAAUUUGCACCCACGCUGAGGCUCCUUUACACAGCCAGAGUGGUAUAAACAGUCCGAGUGUCAAUGAGAAUUGAGCCCAAAGUAAACAAGCAGUAAAAAGAGCUAAAUAGGAAUAGCAUUUUCUGUUCAAUAAACUCCCAAUCAAACCAUCACCACACCUUGGGGACAGGUUCACAAAGGUAUUUAGGCACCGAAAGAUGCAGAUUGGCACCUAGUGGGAGUUACAAGAAUGCCUAAGUGAGUUAGAUGCUUAACUUCCAUUGACUUUAGGUACCUAAUCAGCUAAGAGCACUUUUGUAAAAUCUAGUAGGGGCCCAUCUGCAUAUUUAGGCAUCUAAAUCUGGCCGUUGGUGUCUGACCAUCAGAGGUCAGAUUCCAAGUGUACUCACAACAAGCUUGCUCACAAACGAUCUAGAAGCCAUGAAUGAUUUGCCCAAAUGAAGUCAUUUUGAAUGAUGAAUUCAAGAAAAUUUGCAGACAGUUCACAAACAGAGGCAAAAUUGUCCAACUAAAAUUUUCCCUAAAUUUUUACUCUGCUCUACUCUAAAUGCAUUAAAUCGUUGUUUAAGGUUACUGAAAUCACAGUUGUUAACACAAUACAAAGUGCCCAAUCCCAUUGAGGUAAGAUCCUUGCUACCGAUCUCAAAAGGGAUCAAAAGCGAAAUCUGUAAAAGGAAGGCGGGGGGAGGGGAGAGGAAUGUGCUUGUUUGCAGAUCCAAUUGCUGCUAUGAUGCCAGUGUGAUUCAAAGAUUUCACAAAGGUGGAGAGGCAUGAACCAUCUUGAGAAGCGAGCAUUUUCUUUCCUUUAUAACAAUCAAGAGCACUUUAGGCCCUCUAUGGGUGCCUGUCAUUUUCCUCACAACUGUGAUUGCCUCAGAUAAGUGUUUUGUGUGAGUUUACAGGCGCUGAAAGAAUACCAUGUGUUCACAGCAAAUUUGCAAGGUGGCAGUAGACCGACUAGGGAUGAUCCCGAGGAGCAUAGAUUCUGCUUCGCUCCUCAUCUUAAAACAAUUUGCAGAUUUUCUUAAGCAGCUAGGCAAGAGGCAAAACAUAGGCCUAGCCAUGUGCUUGUUCCCGCUACGUGAUACGUCGGGAACAUGAGUUGUGUACAGGUCUGUGACGUAAGCAGGGGAGAAGCAAUUUGCAGUGGCAAGGGGUCUGAAUCCCUGUAGGAUCAGGGGAAGCUUCCAAAAGAUUUCCUAAAACAAUCACAUAUUCCAAACCUCAGAUGUUACAGAGGGCAUACACACAGACAGGUCACUUCUGAAUGGAAGUCGAAUUUCCCCAAAAAAGGAAUAGACUAAACCAAGAAAAAGGCUAAUCCGUGAACACUUCCUGUAAUGUAGUCAUUACUCACUUGAUUAGCCCCCGUUAAUUUUACUGGGAUUAAGGGCUGCAAGAUCAAGCCGUUAAUGGCCGUCCUCGUUACUAGAUCACUGAUCAUAAUGGGGAGCCCAAGUUCUCCAGGUAAAUGACCAAACAGCCAACCAUGCACCCAGUGAAGCUUAAGGGGAUCUUCGUUAGGCUGCUGCUGUGAUUGCCUUUCUUGCCUUUAAUCUGCAACACCCAAUACCAUUGCUUUUCAAGCUUCAGGCCUCUGUGCUGUAGUCCUUUAGGCUGGUCACUCUAACAAUGUUUUGGGCACCCAUCUAACCCUCCCAAGGGGCUGCCUUCCUGCCAGUGACGAUAGAAUGUUGCUACAGAUUACGGACAGGCCUCUUAUUACCAUCUGAGUUUAGGUAGAAAUUCUGUUAACCUAGCAGUGUUAGGGCUCAUAUCCUCUGUGGACCAGCCAUGCGGGGCCCUGUUGACCCCAACUGAGCAAGCUUCACAUUCUCUCUAGUAGAGGAUAGUGGUACAAAUAUACACUAUCCUGUAUGUUAUAGCACAAUGGGGAUACUCUCUGGGAAUGCAACUUGUUUGGGGACAGUGUGAACUAGAGUCCCUGACAUAAUUAAGGCUGCUGUUUAGCCCUUCAAGCAUACUAUUUAGUAGUGGUAUAAUUGCUAAUCUUGCUGACAUUAAUUCAUCUCUGUUUCCACCUAUAAAGAUGCUACCUAUAAAUAAAGGUUGACAGCACACUUGAGCUGUCCAGCACGAGAGCUAAAUUAAAUUAUAAGGGCAGUGCUGAGGUUUUUCCAAUUCAUCAAAGCUUCAUUGUAUUCUGCAGGUCAGUAAAUGACACUUCAUAGCUUUCUUUGCACUGAGGGAGUGAGGCAACGAGUUUAGUUGAUUGGACGAAUUAAACACCGCCAUUUGUUCAGUUCUCCCAUAUGGAUGUUGUAUAAGAAAACUAGAGAAUAUCUUAAAUACUUUAAAUUAGAGAUGGGAUUAAAUCAAAACCCCGUAUCUGAACCCCUCUGACUCUCAAAUGGUAUAUAAGCCUGGACCCCAAAUCUGUGGCACUAGCCCAUCUGUCGUUAAAAGAAGCAGCCCACCUUUGCUUUAAACCACCCUUUAGAACUGAACUGAACCUUUCUAAAGAUUUGGAAAUAAAGUCCAGGAUUUGAAACCAGCAAGUGUUGAAAUAUGCCAUGAAAACAUUUAUUCUCAUGGUAUUUCAAGCCAAGACGAGAAGCAGAAGAGAUGGAAAUCUCACAAGAAAGCCCUGCUCUUGUGAGGUUCCCAGCCAAGUUUCGCAAUCUCAAGGGGUUCAAAUACUUUGGAUACCAAACCUGAACUCUAAAACAUUUGAAAAGUGCCCAUCAGACUUUCUUAACAUGAAUAUUACUGGCUAGAGCUUGAAAUCUUCAGAAGUUGGAUGCACAGUCAAAGCCUACGUGACAUCAAGUUACUGACCAAUCACAUCAGAUGGACAAACUGUUGUUUCCGUCACUCAUCCCCUCAUGUCUUCUGGACUGCACGGUUUACACUGUUGCUUUUUCAGAAACGUAUAUUUUUAUAUGCUGUACAAUGGGGGAUUAUUGUACAGCUAUAAAUAGUCUGGAGCAGAUGGGACAGUAAUUUCAGAGUAAUCUUAAAAUAAUGUUAUUUUAAAAACCUGAAAUGUUAUUCAAAAGAUGGCAUCAUGUUCACGUGGUAUAAAAAUAGACAGGCAGUCAAGGUCAUCUCUGACUCAGAAUGCCCCUACUUGUGAAAGUCAAAAGCCAGAAUGAUUAAGAGUUUAACCCCAAAAGUUCCUCUUCAGCCAUGUCGAGAUACUAAGAAUUGACUCCACGUAAACAUUGGCUAUUUUACUAUUGGGACAUGAUUGCUCGUAGUCUAGUCUCUCAAUGCACUACAUCCCAAGAGUAAACUGGGAUAAAACCACAAAUCCGGAAUGGCAGGAGGCCAUUAGAAACUGAUGGGGGUGUGGUAUCUCUCCACCAGAGCUGCUACUCCCUGCUGGUCUGCAUGUUGAGAUAUUGAGCUCAGAAGCUGAACUUAGAUUCUCUGCACAGCAGUGUAACCAGAAGGUUACUAGUCUGCUUGGCCUGGUUUAAACACCUCCCAUGGAGCGGGAGAGGCUGAGGGAACUGGGCUUGUUAAGUCUGCAGAAGAGAAGAGUGAGGGGGGAUUUGAUAGGAGCCUUCAACUACCUGAAGGAGCGUUCCAAAGAGGAUGGAGCUCGGCUGUUUUCAGUGGUGGCAGAUGACAGAACAAGGAGCAAUGAUCUCAAGUUGCAGUGGGGGAGGUCUAGAUUGGAUAUUAGGAGACACUAUUUCACUAGGAGGGUGGUGAAGCUCUAGAAUGGGUUACCUGGGGAGGUGGUAGAAUCUCCAUCCUUAAAGGUUUUUAGGGCCCGGCUUGACAAGCCCUGGCUGGGAUGAUUUAAUUGGUGUUGGUCCUGCUUUGAGCAGGGGGUUGGACUAGAUGACCUCCUGAGGUCUCUUCCAACCCUAAUCGUCUAUGAGUCUAUGAUUCAUGGAACACUCUUAGAAGAAUCAAUUUGAGGAACCUCCCUUUCAGUCAUAGUCACCGUAGGCUAACAUGGUGUAUUUGCCAUUCUGUCACCCUCUGCAAAGGCAAUUUGUGAUGACAGAACAAGAUGCUCCGCACACAUACCCCUUUUAGGUUCCAUUCAGAGGAGGGGAUCAAAUUUCUCUUCUUUCCGAGGAUCCUGGAAAUAUUCAAACCAUAACACUAGCCACUUCUCCACUAACACUAUCGCUGCUGUCACAUUUGCCAGCAAGUAUAAAUGCACUCAUUUGGUUUCGCUCACCCAACAGGGAAUCUCUGUAUGAAAACUGCCAAAAACUUGCUGAACACAGACGCUCGUCAAGUUGACGGACAUUUGCAUUGAUGGUUUCCAAAGCUAUUUCGGGAACUCUGAGGAAAAUAAAAUGACUGGCAGCCCGUAUGUUUCUUGUUUAAAGUGAAUUCGGCAUUGAGGAAUGAUUGACAGCAUUGAGCAGUGAAGGUCUCUAUUAUCCGUCACAUAGGCAUUUGCAGUGCAGCUUCCCUCAAUGCCCUGCCAGUUACUAUUGUUUGUGUUACCAGAGCACCCAGCUGAGAUCAGGGCUCUGUUGUGGUAGGUGUUCUUUGAACACAUAGUGAGAGAGAGCUGCUAGCCCAAACAGCUUACAAUCUAAAUAGAUCAAGGGUAGGAGGGGAAGUAGAGGCAAGUAGGGCUUGCCCAAGGUCAUCGACUGAGCUGGAAACAGAGCCCAGAUUGCCUGACUCCCAGUCCAGUGCUCUGCAUACCAGACUAUGCUACCGCUCUGAUUUCAGUGAACCCCACAGAAAGCGGAGAGAGGAGUACUGCCCAUUCCGUCAUUUUACUGAGUCAGACAACCGAGGCCUCGGUCCUGAGUGGAGCUGAGCAUCUCCCAUGGAGCCCUGAGCAUCCUCAGCUCCCAAAGUCUCUGAGAAGAACUCAGCGUUGUCAGCCCCACACAGGAGGCUCUCAGCUAUUUGCUGGCUUCCAAUGUAUAUUGACACCAUUGGCCAAACAGAAGCAAAAAGCCACAAAAGGAAGCAGAGUUUGAUCAGCAUUCCACCACCUGGAGUUUGGUCAGACUUUAUCAUCUAUUGAUUUUUCGGGUUUAUAUUCCCUCGAGCGAACACUUUUAGAAUCCUAUUGUCUGUAACUGUGGAUUUUUUUCUAUUAUCCCUGUAAAUGUCUGACACUUUUUCUGAUUCACGCUAAGCCUUGGCCCCAGUGGUAUCUAAUGGGGGGGUGAGUCCCAAUGGUUAAUUAACCAUUGUGUAAAAAUUAUCCAUUGGGUAAGUGGGUUUCUUUUGGCACCUCCAGUCUUACUAUGAUAGUAAAACGUCCCUGCCUCGACCGUAUCUAUUUUGUGGAAGGGACGAGUUUAUUGAAUUGGAUGUUCUGUGGGUCACAUCCUGCGCCCAAUGACGUCAGUAACGUAACUCCCAUCGAUUUACAGCAGGAUUUAUUUUAAUUAUAGGCAUAUCUAUGAUGCUCAUCCCGCCACACCAGCUGAGCACCUUGUUAAUGAGUGAAUUCACAUAAUGCCUAUGUGGGUAAGAAAAUGAUGUUCCCGUUUUAUAAGUAGAGAAACUGAAGCACAGAGAAGGUAAAUGACUUGCCAAAGGAAGCCUUUAGCAGCCAUGGGGGCAGAAUCCAUAUUACCUGGCAUCCCGUUGCAUGCCCGAAUCACAAAUUAAUCCUUUUCUCCUAAAACUGUUUGAGUGAGAUAGAGGAUUUAACCCCAGGCAUGACAGGUUACAGCCAAUGGCACUUAUUUCUCCUAGUUGGUUAUUUCAAUCCUUUCUGCAAAAAUUCCAGCCAUCAUCUGUAAGAACUCAACAAUAACCUAUAAGUGCUUGCCAAGCAGCAGAGAGAUGGGAGGGCAUAACAGCUAGCAAGAAAAAGUCUGGUAAUGAUCCAGCCUUGUUUACUGAGCUGCUAUUUAUCUUUGUUUACCACAUUAGUUACAUUCUAUUUCAAAUCAUCAUUUCACUCAGUGCCCUUUUAAUCUCACUGGCAUUUUGGUUUUUCAUUUGUUUUUCCACCAAGUCCAAUAGCCCUAGAACAACUCCCAUAAACCCACAGCCAGUUGUUUACAAGGCUCGCUUUCUUGCCAGAUUAAAAUGAGACACUCCACGAACUCAAGGGGGAAGGGUGGAAAUAUCUGUACAAAUAAUCCAGUGGUUUCAUAGCUAGACACAUAAGUGAACGGAAUCGUCAAUAUCUAUAACCUGCAACUCAAUCAAAAACGUAAUCAACUCGUUUUAAAGGGUAUUCACAGGUAGAUAUUGUCGUAUUCGUGACAGUAUUAUGAAAAUCCUAGAUUCUGGGAGAAAGUUUAUAGUGCAUUGAAAAUAAAAUUCUUCUACCCAGUUUGAUUAAUGGAAUUGAAUCACUGUAGCUCCCAAGAGGAGAUUCAACAUUUGUAUUAAAAGUUCAAGUAAAAGGUCAUGCCUUAUAUAGAGAGUCACUGCAUAUUAUUCAUGCUGGCGAAGAAGCGGAAAAAAGAGAACACACGAGCUAUGGAGGAAAUGAAAAGAUAGAAGGAAGAGCUAUAUAUUGCACUCUACUGAAGUAUGAAAUAAUGUAUCUUUUAAGGUCUGACACACAGAAAGGAGCUAGGGUAAUGUGGAUUAUUAUCUCUCUGUUAUAGCAAACAUAAAUCCAUGUUGAAAAAUAUCUUCUGCUUUAAAUAUCAUGACACCUUGCAAUCUCUUGCAGCAUAGUGCAGAAUGGCCACGUAUUUAUACUAAAAACAAUACAAAAAUAUGAAUUCAUAGUACUCUGUGUUUCAGACUGAACAGCAAAAUGUGUGCCUAUUGAUCCAUGUUUAUCCGGUAACACUUGGGCCUUUGUAAGACAGUUCUGUGAAGCAAGACAGAGCUCAGAAAUCCAACCAGCAUUUCUACAAUUUUCCACAUGAAAAACCCUGCCCACUGAUACGUGAGAUCUCAGCUAAUGAUCACAGCACCGUUAUGUUUUGUGAGACUAUAAAUAUCUUUGCUGAAUGUUGCUGGCCGGUUAUUUGUACUCUAUAUGUUAUGACAGUCAGAAUUAUGGUUUUAACGCUUACCUAGUUAUUGGUUGCAGAAAUAUGCUUGGUUUCCUUCCAUUGAUUGCAGCAUUUUACAUCCACACCGUACAAGAUGGGCUGCCAAAAUUUAAGAUAUUUCACUCUCAUGGAAUGGGCACCACAUAUUCUGAAUAUGGUGUUUCAAUGCUAUUGAAUUUUCUAUAUGCUGUUUUUAUAGACCCAGUAUUUGAUAUGUGACAUGUUUGAACGGUCAUGCUGGUCAUUUUCUUGAACAAAAUUGGAUGUUUAUGAAAUAUUACCAGGUAAACAAAUAAAUU